AUGUACCACCCCCAGCGUUGUCUCACAAUUAGUUUACAAUUCGACCCAAGUCUCAAGUCUCUUCUUUUAAAGCUUCGCAAGCUCGGCAACAAAAACGAGUCGAAGAUGCGCCUCAUCCCUGUGUUGGGCUUCCUCCUUACGGCAGUCGAAGGGCUCCGCACAGGAAGGGGUAGUCCUCUCCUGCGUCCGGGCAUCUCGAAACACAUCAACAAGGUCGGCAAAUCGACUGCUGCUGUGUUUCCUGACCCUCAAGACAAGCCGUUUCCCAAGCACAAUUUUCUGAACGCCAACAGCACGAAAUUUGCCGUCAAUGGCACCGCCAUUCCCGAUGUCGACUUUGACGUUGGCGAGUCGUACGCUGGCCCCAAUGAGCAAAGCAACCUCUUCUUUUGGUUCUUCCCCUCGCCAAACAAAGCAGCGAAUAAGGAGAUUCUGAUCUGGCUGAAUGGUGGUCCUGGCUGCUCCUCUUUCGAGGGUCUUCUGCAAGAACACGGUCCCUUCCUUUGGCCACCAGGGACUAUAAAACCCGUGCGGAAUCCUUGGAGCUGGCACAUCCUAACCAGCAUCGUGUAUGUUGACCAGCCGGGAGGCACAGGGUUUUCGACGGGUGUUCCAACCAUCACCAAUGAGGAAGAGCUCGCUGCUCAGUUUCUAGGAUGGUGGAAGAAUUUCGUCGACACCUUCGGCAUGCAGGGCUACAAGGUGUACAUUUCUGGAGAGUCCUAUGCCGGAAUGUACUGCCCUUACAUUGCCAACGCCAUGCUCAACACAAACGACACCACCUACCACCAAUUAUCCGGCAUGUACCUGGGGGACGCUGUCAUCGGCGACAACACCCAACUCUACCAAAGCAUCCCCAUGCUCCGCUUCGUUGAAUACCACAGCUCUCUUUUCCCCUUCAACAACACCUUCCUCGACAAGAUCAGGACUACUGACGCCGAGUGCGGCUACUCCUCCCUCCUGGACAACCACCUCGUCUACCCUCCUAUUUCCCACCUGCCCUCUGCCCUCCCAGAAGUAUCGGAAAACGGCACCGUUACAGAGGAAUGCACCUCUCUCUGGUGGUGGAUCCUAGAAGCCGCCCUCCGCCUUAACCCCUGCUUCGACAUGUACCACAUCACCGCCUCCUGCCCCCGCGUGUCUGAUGUUCUCGGGUUCCUGGCAGGGAUCGAUUACGUCCUCGAGGGGAAGAAGAGAUACUUUGACCGCGGCGACGACGGCUCCGGCCCGUCCAUCAUCUACGCUUUGCCGAGUGUUAUCGACAAGACCCAAAACGUCAUCAUCGCCCACGGGCAGCUGGACAUGGUCCUGCCAUCAAACGGCUCCCUUCUCGCGAUCCAGAACAUGACGUGGGGAGGGAAACUCGGGAGGGUUGACUGCAUGAAUUGCACGACACCUUUACGGUUGGGCAUCUGUAUUACUCUGAUCAGGCAUCGAAUGAGAUGGGCGAGGGGACGGCGCCUCAGAGUUGGAGUGAUCACAAGCCGGAGGAGGGCUUGUAGGUAA